CUGGCUGACGCCUUGAGCCGAGGGCAUAUGCGGGGGGGCAGCCAACCAGAGCUGGUCACUCCUCAGGACCACGAGGUAGCUUUGGCCAGUGGAUUCCUUUAUGAGCAUGAAGCAUAUGGCAAUGGCUACAGCAAUGGUCAGCUUGGAAACCACAGUGAAGAAGACAGCACUGAUGACCAAAGAGAAGACACUCAUAUUAAGCCUAUUUAUAAUCUAUAUGCAAUUUCAUGCCAUUCAGGAAUUAUGAGUGGGGGCCAUUAUGUCACUUAUGCCAAAAACCCAAACUGCAAGUGGUACUGCUACAAUGGCAGCAUCUGUGAGGAACGUCACCCUGAUGAAAUUGACACCGACUCUGCCUACAUUCUUUUCUAUGAGCAGCAGAGGAUAGACUACGCACAAUUUCUGCCAAAGAUUGAUGGCAAAAAGAUGGCAGACACAAGCAGUAUGGAUGAAGACUUUGAGUCUGAUUACAAAAAGUACUGUGUGUUACAGUAAAGCUACCACUCUGGCUGCUAGACAGCUUGGUGGGGAGGGAGAUGACUCCUUGUAGCUGAUACUUAGCAAAAGUCUCACUGAGAGGCAAGCUAAAUGUAGUUAUUUUAUCCUGUUAGAAUACAAAUUCUAAUUAAAAUAGUUAACUUUAAGAGUAGUAGUAAUUUUAUUUUGAAGUCUCAUGCAAGUUGUCCGAUAGAGAACUUUCAGGCAGAUCCCACCAUUAGCCUGUAAACAAAAGGUUUGGCACCAGCCACCUAGGACCAAAUAAGAAUUCAAUUGUGCUUGUCCAGAUAUGAACAAAUAUGUAGUGAGUAUAGAGUUUAUCAAUAAUCAUAACAAAUAUUAAAGAUUUCCUUGGAGUCAAAGUAAAAAACAAAAAAUUGUAAUGUUGUCUAGGGAUGACAUGAUAUGCUACCUCCUUUUUCCUGAAGUUUUAUUCCAUUCUGUUGACAAGAUGGAGAAAGCAAGAUCAUGAAGGUGUGCAAAUGAUUCUUACGGCAUGGGCGAGGAUUUUUCAAUUUAUUUUUUAAAGUUUCCAUACCCUUUCUUUGUCUUUCUUGCUUUUUGUUUUUGCUGUUGUGUUUAUGUUUGAGAUACAACCAGUCAUUAGUGGCAGGGGCAUAGAGUGGUCAGUCUGAAAGGGAGGCUCUCUUAAGAGCUAUGUGCCUUCCACCCAGAGGGAGACCCAGUAGAAAGAAAAACAUCCGGGGAAAUCCAGCUACCAUGGCCCUCCCAGUGGAGGCAUCUUACAUUUAGGAUACUUCAAGUAUCCUCAGAAAUGUAUUCUGCACCCCCGGCCCCGCCCAUGCUGAGGGAAGGGGAGCAGUUGCCAAUAUUUGCACCAUCUUCACAUGCACAUGUUGCAACAAGAGCUUCUGGGAAGGUAAGCGGCAUCGGAACUAGAUCACGUUUCACAAUUAGUGGUUCUUUUCCAUGUUUGUUUUGCACUUUAAAAAAGAGAGAACACAUGCAAAUGAACUUGCUUGUGUGUAUUUGAUGGCUCUAAGGGCUAUAAAUUACAAACAAAACACAUCCCAGACAUUAGGAGUUCAUAAGUAUAUUUAAUGAAAUUGGUGGUUUUAGGAAGUCAACUUUAGUUUUGCUUUGUUUGCAUGUCCACUCAUUUUUUUAUUUUGAUAUUAGUCUUUUUAAAAAAAUUUUACAGUAGUCAUUGAAAGUUAUGUUUCUUUGUUUACUUCAUUUUUUCCUCUAAUUAUUCAAGACUGGGACAAAAGUAUAAAUAUUAUUUAUUUCAGGUAGAAUUUUUUUCGUGUAGUUUUUUAAUAUAUACUUGAAGGAAAUGUUUCACCUUAUUUUUGGUCUUUGUUUAUUCAUUUAGACCUUGCAAGUUGAUUCUCAUUAAUUGUCAGAUUCCGCUACCCUUUCUUCCUCAUAGGUAGUAAUUACCAGUGUAACUAGGCAUUUGUGUUCUGAUAUCUGAGGCCAGUAACUAUUAAUAUCUAGUUCUCAGAGCAUUUGGAAAGGGUAUCUUAAAUGGCUACCUAAAUUGAAAUCCUUUUCAGAAAAAAUAUAAUUGCAAAUAGGUAGGAGUGGCCUAAAUCAUCUAAUGUAAUAAAGUCAGACAAAAUGUAUACUUUAUAGUUUCAAGAUUUUCAGUAUAUAAAAUCUGUCCUUUCCUACCUGGACAUGUCCUGUUAAAAUGUGGAAGAUUUUAAAUAAUUUCUUUACAGAUGUUUUAUUUAAGCAGGUAGCACAAUCUACUAAUGUUGUUUGAUCUGUGUUUGUUAUACUGGUUGUAAUUAAUUUUUUUAAUUCAUGAACUAGCGGAAAAUUUAUUAAAUUAACUAUUAACCACAUUCACCUUGUAAGUGACUGUAUAAAACUUGUUGACAAUGCAUUGACUUUAGAAAGAUGUUAAUGUGCAUAAAUAGAGUGUAAAUAAAAUAGUGUUGAUGUACUGAAAUAUGAACUGUAUAAAAAGUAUUGGUAAUUGUAUAUGGGGUGUACCUAUUUAUCUGUAACUAUUAUCCAAACAAAUUAAAUACUGUGGAUGCCUCUAUGUACUGUUUUUCCUCAUACAAGUAAACACAGAAAGUCAAA